AAAUCCGGCCACAAUCAAUCGGAACGUGGAACGAGACGGUUUGUGCUUCGUGCGGUGCUCGUGCAAUAGUUUCAAAUUAACUGCCUUUUCGAUGGUGAAUAAUAUGAGAGGGGCUAGACUCUUGCUUUAAAUUUGCCAGUGUAGCGAAUCGCGGUAUAAAUAGUGAGCCAUCGCAAUGAGCUGCUGUGUCUACAUUUAAAAAACAAAAUUAUAUUUUAGUAGUUGAAUCAUAGUUUGGAUUAUCGUGAUCAUAGUGAAAGAAAGGCGUAAGGUGUUAUAUGUAUAUGUAUAUGUACUUACAUAUACAUACAUACAUAUGUAUGUAUGUGGUGGACCAAUUCCCGUACUGAAUGUCUUUAAUUGUUGAGAUGGCAUCGAGAUCUACGGCACCAACUCCAGUGGUUUUUGAAAACGGUACAGUGCUAGGCUCCAUGAGUUGUGAGCACUCCCAUGCAAAGGUCCAGUUCCUAGGCAAUCAGUCGCAAUUUGUUGUACCGGAAAUAGUAAUUAGUUUCAGUCAGAGCAGCAAUAGUAUCUACAACAAUCGAAGUCCCUGUGAUGUGUCGAGUUCCAGCGCAAUCAACAGAAUUAGUCCAACCAUUAACAGGAAUGAACCGUCUGGGGAGCAUACGUCGCUUCUGGAAAUUCAUCAGCGAGAAGGAGAGGAAGAGUCUGAGUUCGAACAGUUCGUCUUGAACCGCACCAGUUCAGAAAGUAACAUACUAGAGUCUAGCACCUGCAAUGAAUUGCAGAUGUCUAAUUCGCUAUGCGUUCAAGCAGCAACCUUAUCGCUCCAAAAUCGUGCUCUGGACAUGCUCAACACGAGUGCGUGUUCGCGGUCCGACUCCGAGUCCAGGCAAGGCAAGCGUAUGCGGCGCAAGGCGGACAAAGCCAAGAUCAAUUGCUCCACUAAUGCACUCGGCUCUCCGACGCCCACAGUGCCGUCAGUGGCAGACGUCCUCCGUCCUCCACAAUAUACGGCAAUUUUUCUGGACCGCCACCAUGGAAACAGUGGCGUAACAGCGAACGCUCAGUUGACGGGACCAGUCAUCUCAUCGCCAUUUUUAAGUGGCAACCCAGGGCAAGGGACAGGAUCCGACGCUGUCAAUUUUAUAGAGUAUCAUCAAUACUGUCAGCAGCGCCCGGGAAUGGGUAACGUGGCACUCGGACAUCAUCAUCAUCUGCAUCACCCGCGAAGAAGUCUCUUUGAAGUGGCUGUACCGCUGGCCGGUAGCAGCGUGGAAGUCAGCAACACUUUGGUCAGAACAAACAUCAACAUGUCUGGUACUGUUGAAUCCUCCGAGAAUCUGGCUGUGAGCUGUCUUCGAAAGUGGUUCGCUCGUCCGUCGCUCCCUUUCGUAAUAGGGAUAUUUGCUCUUGGUGGCGUGGCAUGUACACUUGGCGGCAUAGUGCUUGGCAGCACAGGUCUGAUAGAGCAUUCUACGCAGUAUCUAAGUGCGGCGCUGUUGAUGAUCGGCAUUGGUGUAUCAUUGUUGGUGAUAUCGGGCGCCAUUUGGCGUCUGAGUCUUCCCGAUGAUGUCGAUGACUGUCCCUGCUUUCGACGAAUGGAAACCUGUCGCAACUGCAACAGCCCACACUGCAACAACCGCCUUCUUCCCGGUAGCUAUUUGUACCCAGAGUUCCAGCAUCGGCAACCGCCGCCUUCAUAUCUAACUUCGCUAAACGAGUACGCAUUCAUCUAUCAUCAUAGUGCGCAUCCGGCAGCGGCAGCAGCUGCAGCCGCUUAUGCUACAUUAGGACUGAACACUCCUCCGCCGCUAUAUCGUUCGACCUACUCCCUCAACACUUCGGCAUCGGUGGGUACACCUACACCUUUACAAUUACCACAAACGAGCGAGCAUGCAUCUGAGGAACACCAUCCGGUUCUGCUAAUCCGUGAAGCACCCAGUCAGACAUCAUUCAAAGAGGUAGAGAUCGAGGACAUGCGUGAGGCUGGACCUCUAAUGCGUGGGAUCGAAAUGCAAACGCUUUAUAAGGAAGCUGAGCUUGACUAGAGUCUGGUGAUUCCAAAACAAAAUACGUUUCGGGAAUUAUUCAAUGAUCUUCUGACUUGACUGACUGAUUUUCAAUUUCAUAUGAGUACAUACUCA